CUUCUAUCAGUCUACCCGGGCACUCGAUGUUGAGGAUAUCACUACAGAGGGGCGGAUGUAACUGUUGUACUGCAUUACGAUCAAGCAAUAAUGUUCCAAAUAUUUAUAAAGAUAGUAUCCAUAGCGAGUGUUUUGGCGUACCACGGGAAGGACACUUCGAUAUGUAACGGAGACCCGGUAUCACCAGUACCUAACAGGCCUCGUCCAAACAUAACCAACACCUUUUCUGCACAUAUUCAAUGUGUGAUAAUGAACAAAAACGAGACCAUCGAUAUACAGGAGUGGUUUGAUGAGUCAGAAAGUCAAGGGCGUAUUAAAGAACACAGCAUGGGCAUUACAGUCGAUGCGUGGUACAGCUAUAACACCAAUGAGUUCAUCUCAUACCUUCCAGGAAGUGGUUGUAGAGUGCAACAGCUUAGUACUUCUAGACAGCGCUUCCUGAUGGGAUACAAUCAGGCUAAUGGCGGGAAGAUUUUCUCAGCUGCGCAGUCGCUCCGAAUGACAGGAACUGGAAUCAAUGAGGUGUACAUGGGCUUAAGUAACAUACGUGGAAUAGCGGUCGACGUGUGGCAGAGCUGUCAGUACUGGGCAAGCAUGGAUGCCACAAUGGUUGUUAAAUGGUACUUCUCAGCGGCCAAUCCUGAGUGGGACACAGCUUUAGGGGUCGUGGUUCCUGUAGGAGCACGCGUCACAGGCGUCAUAUACGAUCCGGAUGGCACGCGCCGACUGUUUGACCACUGGUACGAAAUGUUUCAGUACAGACAAACAAUUGACAACCCUGAGGUUUUCGAGACACCCGCGGGCCUUCAGUGCCCUGGACGAAAAAAUGUGAAAGGCCUCCCCCCAAUACCCGAUGCUUUCAGCUUUAUGUCGGAGAAUGUGGGCAAGAAAAAACGAACAGUAUCUUAUUCGGAGGAGUACUAUUCGUUUAUGGAGAAGCUGGUGAUGUACUACUACCGCCCCCUACCGUCAGACAACAGUCCAUUUGGCACCAGUGAUCUGAGAAAAGUUCACGACUUUUACACAGGCGUGGCUUACACAAUUGACACAAUGCGCGGAAAUUGCACAGUGGGGCCCAUACCGCAGCCGUCGUUUGAUGCAGAGUCUGUUGAUAAUAGCCACAUCAGAAUGACAACUCCAAAAGAAUUUUUCAACUUUGACGACAAUCAGUACACAUAUCAGGGGGUGAAAACUGUUCGCGACAUUGACUGUGAUAGCUGGGUGGGAUUGAAGGCAAAUUGGCCGACACCGGGAAUUAAUUCCACGUGGCAGUGGUACUUCGCUACCAAUCAGUGGGUGGGAGUCAGCACAGGAACAUCACAGGGCGGUACUUUAGUCCAGGUGGUCAUCGAUGUUCCCUCGAUUAACAUUCAUCUUGAAAGCAAUGUCUUCAAUUUUGACACCAACAAUCUAGAUAUUUUCAAAUUUGACAUCAGCCAAUGCUACGUCUACCGGAACAGACGCAAGUUCCAGAUGGAGUUUCCAGGUGAUUUCAAAUCAGCUGUUUAUGGGAACUUGCAUGUUUUCAAAAGCAGCAUACUGAGACGUUUGAGAUAUACCCUUGGCGUAUCCGCUCUUAGAAUAGCCAACCUGAAUAUUGACUACACCCCCAAGAAUAUCAAGGUGACGUUUGAGGUUCUAGAUGUCGCUCCGGUUGUAGGAGACGUCAAGGACAUUGUAAAAGAGACGCCGCUAGAUGUCGCUGCUAACAGGCUGCACAGCAUGGUCCAGAACUCACUGUUUGUCAUUACCCUGGACAGGAAAGCCUUCCCGAACAUUCCUCCGAUGUAUCCUAUAUUACAGUCUUUUAAAGAAACAAUACACCUAAGCAACAGAAAUCAGACUACAGCCGGAAACGGACCAGUGUGUGAAGGCGGAUUUUAUGGAACGAAUUGUUCCAAGCCGUGCGGACACUGUAAUUCAGGGGCGCACUGUAACAUCGUGACAGGAAACUGCCCAAACGGAUGUCAAGGUCACUGGAGCGGAUCUAGAUGUGACGUGUGUGAAGCUGGGCUUUAUGGACCGAAUUGUUCCCAGCUGUGUGGACACUGUAAUUCAGGGACGUUCUGCAAUAGCGGGACAGGAAUCUGUCCUUACGGAUGUCAAGAUCACUGGGGCGGAUCUAAAUGUGACGUUUGUAAAAGUGGAUAUCAUGGAUGGAAUUGUUCCCAGCCGUGCGGACACUGUAAUUCAGGGACGUUCUGUAAUAGCGUGACAGGAAUUUGUCCUAACGGAUGUCAAGGUCACUGGAGCGGAUCUAAAUGUACCGUGUGUGAAGGCGGGUAUCAUGGGCCGGGUUGUUCCCAGCCGUGCGGACACUGUAAUUCAGGGACGUUCUGUAAUAACAUGACAGGAAUUUGCCCUAAUGGAUGUCAAGGUCAUUGGAGCGGAUCUAAAUGUGACGUGUGUGAAGGUGGACUAUAUGGACCGGAUUGUUCGAAGCCGUGCGGGCACUGCAUCUCAGGAACGUUCUGUAAUAACGUGACAGGAAUUUGCCCAAGCGGAUGUCAAGGUCACUGGAGCGGAUCUAAAUGUGACGUGUGUGACGGUGGAUAUUAUGGUUCGGAUUGUUCCAUGCCGUGCGGACACUGCAAUUUAGGGACGAUAUGUAAUAACGUGACAGGAAUUUGUCCAAACGGAUGUCAAGAUCACUGGAGCGGAUCUAAAUGUGACGUAUGUGAAGGUGGAUUCCAUGGACCGGAUUGUUCCAAGCCGUGCGGACACUGCAUCUCAGGGACGUUCUGUAAUAACAUCACAGUGUUUUGUCCUAAUGGAUGUCAAGAUCACUGGAGUGGAUCUAAAUGUGACGUGUGGGAAGGUGGAUUUUACGGACCAAAUUCCUCCAAGCCGUGCGGACACUGUAUUCCAGGGACAUUAUGUAAUAGCGUGACAGGAAUUUGUCCUAAAGGAUGUCAAGGUCGCUGGACCGGAACUAGAUGUGACGUGUGUGAAGGAGGAUUCCAUGGACCAAAUUGUUCCAAGCCGUGUGGACGCUGUAGUUUAGGCACGUACUGUAAUACCGUGACAGGAAUCUGUCCUAACGGAUGUCAAGGUCACUAUAGUGGAUCUAGAUGUGACGUCUGUGGAACUGGACGUUAUGGACCGGAUUGUUCGAAGCCGUGCGGACACUGUAUCUCAGGGACGUUUUGUGAUGAUGUGACAGGAACUUGCCCUUACUUGUGUCAAGGUCACUGGAGUGGAUCUAAAUGUGACGUGUGUGAAGACGGAUUUCAUGGACUGGAUUGUUCCAAACCGUGCGAACACUGUAAAUCAGGAACGUUCUGUAAUAACGUGACAGGAAUUUGUCCUAACGGAUGUAAAGAUCAUUGGAGUGGAUCUAGAUGUGACAUGUGUGAAGGUGGAUUCUAUGGGCCGGAUUGUUCCAAGUCGUGCGGACACUGUAAUACAGGGACGUUCUGUAAUAACGUGACAGGAAUUUGUCCUAACGGAUGUCAAGCUCACUGGAGUGGAUCUAAAUGUGACGUGUGUGAAGGGAAUCUUUACGGAGUGGACUGUUCUAAGCCGUGCGGACAUUGCAAGCGAGGGACAAUCUGCGAUAAAGUGACAGGGGUUUGUCCAGGUGGAUGCCAAGAUCACUGGAGCGGAUCUAAAUGUGACGUGUGUGAAAGAAAUGUUUACGGAGUGGACUGUUCUGAGCCGUGCGGAUACUGUAAGAGAGGGACAACCUGUGAUCAAGUGACAGGGGUUUGUCCAGGUGGAUGUCAAGAUCACUGGAGCGGAUCUAAGUGUGAUGUGUUGCGCGACUCAGGCAGCCUCGGAUUAUCUAACAAUGACAAGGGCUCGUCCAGUGGAACGUCCGUGGCUAUUGGAGUCACGGUAACACUCCUUGUUGUUGCUGUGAUUGUUAUCGCUUUUCUACUGUACGUCAUCCGAAAACGGAGACACCGAACCCCCCAGGAGUAUGCUACUCUACAGGAACAACCCACAAACCACAUCACUAUGUCAUAAGCCGGGAUUCGGGAUUAUCACACACUAGGGAUCUACAUCACAAUGUCAUAAGCCGGGAUUAUCACAAACUAGGGAUCUAUAGCACCAUGUCAUAAACCGGGAUUAUCACAAACUAGGGAUCUAUAUCACCAUGACCUAAGCCGGGACUAUCACAAACUAGGGAUCUCUAGCACCAUGUCAUAAACCACAAACUAGGGAUCUUAUAUUACGUUAUGUCUGACAAUUUGUGGACGCAACCGAAAAAAUGUGAAGCUAUUUGUUGUACUGGUGUGGCUGUGCCCUUGUGAAAUUUUAAACUGGUGAGGAAAGUUCAAUGCUAUCAAACAUAUCAGUUUGGAUAUAAACUCCCAUAUCAUGUUUUAAAGCAAUGCAAUUCAUAUUGUAAACUGUAAGUUCACUCAUGUGCAAAAGUAUGAUCCCAGGAUAAAGCAAAAGACGCUUGAACAUUUGAAGAUUUCAAACAAACGUUUGGCACAGUCUGGAGAAAUGGUAUUUGGUAUAAGUUAUUAUAAAAUGAAAUUGAGAAAAAUAAGUAUGUUUUAUCUGAUUUACGUAUUGAUGAAUCAAAUCUAAGGCAUGACAUCUGAUUUUUGUAUUGUAAUGUCGGAGUUUAUCACUAUUUCUAAUAUAUAUAUAUAUUUAUAUUAAUGACCUAGAAGAGUUUUUGUUGGACAAAAAUAGUGUUGGUUAGCAAUGCAAUAUAUGUAGUUCUAUCGAAGAAGAUUUGUUUUUCUACCUACAG